GCCCUGCCCCCGCCUCUCCUGCGCCCCGGUCCCGGUCGUUCCGCUCCCUCGAACCCCACAUCCCGUAGCCCUUAGUGCUGCUGCGCGCCCAGUGCCUCGGAGGACCGAAAGACGGACGCGGAUCCGCGGCUGUCUGAGGGACGGGCAUGAGCCCCCAGUGCUGGAGGCCGGAUGCGGACCCGGCUCCGGAGACGCUGGGACUGACAGACCCGCGGCCGUGGCCCUCGAAGUCUUCGGGAGGAAGCCAGGGGCGAGUGGACGGGCGCUCCCGGCAGCCGGGCUCCGAUACCCCUCGCCGGCCCUGGCCCAGGCUCCGGCCCCCCUGCCGUGCCUCACCGUUCGCCGUCGGGCUUUGGGUGCGGGCGCCCGGGACGGGGCUGGACGCCUUCCCCGGGUAUUCACCUUCCCACGUGCAUUUCCCUGCCGCAGACCUUCGAUGGGAGCCUCGCUACGCCAAGGGCAGUAUGAACGAAGAGGAGCAGUUUGUAAACAUUGAUUUGGAUGAUGAUAAUAUUUGCAGUGUUUGUAAACUGGGAACAGACAAAGAAACACUCUCCUUCUGCCACAUUUGUUUUGAGCUAAAUAUUGAAGGAGUACCAAAAUCUAAUCUUUUGCACACCAAAUCAUUAAGGGGCCAUAAAGACUGCUUUGAAAAAUACCAUUUAAUUGCAAACCAGGAUUGUUCUCGAUCUAAACUUUCCAAAAGUACUUAUGAAGGAGUUAAAACUAUUUUGAGUAAGAAGAUAAACUGGAUUGUACAGUAUGCACAGAAUAAAGACCUAGAAUCAGAUUCUGAAUGUUCUAAAAACCCCCAACAUCAUCUGUUUAAUUUCAGGCAUAAAACAGAUAAAAAAUUACUCCCACAAUUUGACUCUCAAGUACCAAAAUAUUCUGCAAAAUGGAUAAGUACAGGUGCCAUCUCAAACUGUACACAAACAAUUUUGGAGCAGAGGGAAAAUACAGACUUUGGGCUUGCUAUGUUACAAGAUUCAGGUGCCACCUUAUGCCAUGACAAUGUGUUAUGGCCUCAUAGUCACAACCAGGCACAGAAAAAAGAAGAUACUCUCUCUAGUCCAGAGGCUAAUAAUGUCCAGAACCAGAGUCUACAUUACAGCAGAGAGGAACUGAAUUUGAUGACUCUUGGUGAGGUAGAGCAACUGAAUGCAAAGCUCCGGCAACAAAUCCAGGAAGUAUUUGAAGAGUUAACACAUCAAGUACAAGAAAAAGAUUCUUUAUCCUCAGAGCUCCAUGUCCGUCAUGUCGCCAUUGAACAGCUUCUCAAGAACUAUUCCAAGUUACCAUGCCUACAAGUGGGACGAACAGGAAUGAAGACACACCUACCCAUAAACAACUGAACUAAUUUUUUUUUUUUUUUUAAUCAGUCUGCCAAGAAUGCAACUUUGAAGACGUUUUAAAGAAGGUUAUGGUCCAUUUUUCUAUGGUCAUUAAAUUUGCAAAGCUUAAGGCAAAGUAUUUAACAUCUUUGUCUAAUAAAGCAGAUCAUUAUACUCUAGUCUUCUAGGAUUAGUCAUUUGGCUUCAUUUUGGGAAUCUUUUUGUCAUAAUCACUAAAAUGCCCCUCCCUAACUUUAGUCACAUGUGUCAAUUUAAAUAUACUGUUACAGUGUGAUUUUAUUGUCAAAAGAAUAGAUUAACAAACUCCAUAUAUUAUCCUGAAUUACUAAAGAUAAUUUUAAGAGGGAAAUGUAAUUCAUAAUAAUCACCUCUUAUUUAUUAUGAGCAAUAUUUUAAUACAAAAAAUUUUAUAUAUAAAAAUGCUAUUUUAGGUACCUUUUCAUUCUCUUUGUAAAUGUGUAUUUGAAUGGCUUUGUGUAUUUAUACUUUUAUGUGUACAAUAUGCUCAUCUGUAUUUCAGAUCACUUCAUUUUAUUCUCUUAAAUAUAAUGUUUUUAUAACUGUUAUCUUGCUCUCCAAAGAUAAAUGUAUUUUGGAGUAGAAAUCUAUCUAGUUGAAUUGUUUUAACUUCUAAUAACUUAGAAAUUAAUAACUUUUGAAAGCAAGUAUCCAAGUAUAUAAAAUACAUUAUUAUUUUCUAACAAAAGCAGUUCUGGGUUAGCUUAGGAAGAAAAUACUAAUCUAAAUUUUGCCUCCAUAGAAGUAAAAACCUCUUCUACUUCAUUAUUACUUUCAUUUUAAUGAUUUUGAUGUGUUAAAAUUUGGACAGUAAAUCAAGCCUCACUUCCAAAUCAAAAGUAAUAUCUUCAAUUCGAAGUGUCCUAUUUUUGGGAAAAACUUUUGUUUGCCACUUCAGAUAGUUUUAAGAAUUCUUAUACUGUCUGAAUUCUCUUAUCAAUGUCAUUGAAAUUAGUGUUCCAAGAAAGCAUUGUAAGGUGUUUUUCUAAACUUUAGAAUCUAAGAUAAUGACAACAUUACUAGACACAAGAAAAAUGAAGCUUCUAAUUCAAUAAUCCCAUGUUUAGAUUAUGUUUAUAAGCUGCCUAUGAUGUUUCCAAAGAGUUGUUAACUAAUAGAUGUUAAAACUGUCAAGCAGCCAGUUUUAAUAAUGCAUUACAGCAUAUACCAUAACCAAUGCAAAAUACCAGAGGAUUCUAAAUUCUAUUUUCAGCUGGUGCUUAGAAUGUAUUGAUGAGGUAGGUCCUUUGGUUGAAAGAAUCUGCAGAAAAGUCUAUUCACUUGGCAGCCUCACGCAUAAAGAUAUGAAUGACUUCUGCUUAAAUUUGGCAGCUUAUCCUAGGUUGGUUCAGAUGUUAGUCUUAAACACAAACAGUAUUUGAGUAAGCAAAGAUACCUUUCAAUCUCAUUGAAGGUAACUUUCUAUAAUGCUAAGAUAUAUGAAACUGGACUGAGGAUAAUAAUUGCUAAUCCCAUAGAUUUUUUUUUCAUUGAAAUAUGGCAUAACUGUCAAGCUUUUUGUAGAGAGCUUUUGAAAUAUUCUUUAAGUUUCUCUCAAUUCUUUGAGUCAUCCAAAAUGAAUUUAAAAUCCAGGGAGUAGGAAUGGAUGCAUUGCCUUAGUUUUAAUAAGCUUUAAAUUGAAUGUGUGCAAUAUGAAAAUAUCCAAAUGUAUAAAUUGACUAAAGACUUGUGCUGAUUAUGCCAAUAAGUAUUUUAGUGCUUAGUUGUUAUGGUUAUAUUUUCAAAUUUGAUUUUACUCUUUUUUGGCAUAAUUCAUUAAAAAUGUUACCAGCCAGUGUGAUUGCACAUAUUUGGGCUUCUGUUUAGAUGAUUUAGGGACAGUCAAAAAAGUUUGGAAUGUGUUGCAUUUGAUAUCAGUAGUAGCAUAUUUCCAGAAUAUGAGCCAUAUGGUGCAGUCCUAAAUGCAGUAGUGUUAUCCAAAGACAGUGUUUGCUUAUCCCUUAGAGUUUUCUGGCAAAUAUGUAGCUUUACUAAUGAGUUUGGAAUAAUUGGGUGGGAUUGUGCAUAUACUAAGGUCUUAAUUAAGGACUCCUAUUUAUUCCAUCUAGAUAGUUCUGCUUAAGCUUGUUUUCAAGGGUGCUCCUAAACUAUCUAUGGUGCUGGUAUUCACACUAGUACUUACUCAGAUGAAUUUCUAGGAAAAAAAUUUGAAGUAUUUUGCAUAGCAGUCUAUCCAAAUAUUUGGUUAACCUAUAUAUUCUCAACCUUUGUUGAUUGAAUAUGCAGUUAUUGUAAAUGGUAAAAUAAGGUUCAGGAAUGGAGUUGAAUUAAAACUUGAGAGAACAUGAAAUCACAAAUUCCAUAUUUGGCUGUUUUGUCUAAUUGUUAGUACAUUUUGAGAAAGUUUAGAAAAAAUAUAUCAAUAUGCUUCAGUUUCAAAAAUGGCAAAAAAACACUGCUAGUGACACAUUACUAACAUUUUCAGAGCUUAUAUGAUUAAGGGGAAUGAAAUAAAACUAACUUUUUUUAAUAGUAGUUUCAUAACUAGACAAGUUAAAUUGAGUUUUAGAAAAUUGGAGUCAAAUGUGGUAAUAAGGCCCUGGGUUUGAUACCCAGCAUCACAAAAAAAUAAGUAACUAACUAAACAAAGUUUUUAAAUUGUUCAAUGUUGUAAAAUUUAUUUACAUCAUCGUAUUCAUUGAUCCUAGAUUAAUAUCUAAGUUCUUUGAAAAAGGCAUACCAAUAACAGGUGAUUCAGGCAGCCAAAUGUUGUUCUAUUCCAUUAUGUAUUGUUCCAUGUACUAAUGUUGGAGCAAAGAGAUGUUCUUAGCUUUUGAAAGUACAUGUUCAUUUCACCAUAAAGUGCCCAUUUUUAUAUGAAUUUAAGGGUUAUUUUUAAAAUACAAAGUUCAUGUUGGAAAGUUAUUAAAAAUAUAUAAUUAAAAUAUAUUUUAUUGUCAUCUUGAUAGAUAUAUUGAGAUUUCUUGGUUUUGUUUUACAGUAUUUCUGCCAUUGAAAAUGGUUUAAAGUGUUUUGGAUUUUUUAAAAUAAUUGUUUACCUAGGUGUUUACACUGUUGAGACUUGUCAAUUUUUGCUAGUUUUUUUAAAGUAAGCUUUUUAGAUCUAUUUUUAUGUGUUAAUGUUUACCUAUUUGAGUUUUAUUUUGUUGCAUUUUAGAGGAAGUCUGCUUUCAUUGUUAACAUUGUAAAAUGUCAUACAAAAUGUAUAAACUCUAAAGUAGGAAUUUUAAAUUAUUUGUGUACCUUAUUAGGUUCAGAUUAGUAACUAUAAAAAUAGGUUACAUAUACGUGAAAACUUUUAAAUGGUAUAGUAUAAAAUUCUUGUAGUGUUUUAUGACUUUUGCCAAUUCAUUUAUUGACAUGUUAUUGCUUAUGCUAAAGUAAGAUAUUUGAGUAUUUUAAGUACAUAUUAAGUUUAAUACUCUAUAAAAAUUUUCAGAUACCUUCUGGUCAGAUGUGACUGUAAAGUAAAGGUAACUGAUUUGAUUUCAGUAUAUGAUUGCAUUUUUUACUUCAGAUUUGUGGAAAUGAUGGAAAUCAUUUUCACAGGUUUGAGGAAAUCUGUGGUGAAAUUAGUAAGAGAUAAAGCCCUCAACAAGUUAUUCUUGCAAAGUUAAGUGGUAAUAGGAUAAAGGAACAUUUAUUCACCAGAAUAAUAAGAUAAUGGGGAUUUGGCACAAUGGAGGAGAGGACUACAAUUCUGUGUUUGGUAUAUUGAGGCUUCAUCUUGCAUCUCCAUAUUUUCAUUUUACUUCAUCCUUUCACAUUUGCCAUUGUUGUGGUAUAGUCUGACCUAUUAAACAACUUCAGGCUGUGGUUACCUUGCUAUGAACCAUAUUAUAACAAGUUGGUACCAUUAAUUUUUUUUAACACCUAGUUUAUAACAUAUACUUUCUUUGCUGUUUUUAGUUUAAAAGAGUUCAUAUUAGAAGUACAUCUCAGUAAUUUUGAAUUUUAAGCUUACCAAAGUGCAACAAAAAAAAUCAUGGAGAUGAAUAUUACCCUUUCCCCCAAAAAAGUGUUAUUUGAACUUACCCCAACUGCACUAGAGUAUUUUAAUAGACAUUUGUUCCUUGCUUCCUUUAAACAUGUCUAAUGUUUUUUCCCCUAUCCUACUACCUCCAAAAGAGGCAAUUUAGAAAAUAUUCAGUAGUAAUUUCUAUUGAAUGCCAUUUCUACUUUUAUAAUGUGUGUAUGUGUAUAAAUCUUGCUUUAAAUCUGAGUAACAUAUACUGUGAUCAUUGGCUUAAUCUUGCUUUGAUGUAACAAAUAUAUUUUGCAAAAUUGUGCAGAGAUAUUUAGAAAAAGAAAAUGAAACUGCUGUGGUUAAGACUCAGUUUGUUUCAAAAAAAUUUAGACAUUAUUUGGUUGUUAUAUUUUCUUUGAAAAUUGCAAUAAUUUAUAUAUUUGUAUUCUGCUUUGGAACUGUAUAUAUGCUUGUCUACUAUUUUUAAUUUUACAAUAAAAUAAAUAUUUUGUUAUCUGCUA